AUGGGAGAGUAUAUCCGUACCGGCGGUCACAGUCGCAAUGCGUCUGACUCGUCCGUGUACUCUAAUGACUCGUCCCCAUGGUCUGCGGUCACCUCGACCACCAGUGCGAGUGAUGACUCGCCGCCCCGGCAUCACCAUGGACCUACUUUACUUCCCAAGAUCAGAUCGCAGGACGUGAUAAUCGAGCCGGCCCCCGUUGGUGGCCAGCAACGUCAACGCCGUGUCCUGUCAAACACCCGAAAUCCACCCGGCUUUCUUCCAUAUCCUCCCAGUCGGGCUUCGGGGCAGCGCAAUGCCGGAGAAUCUGCAGCCUUGCUAUCUCCGGUUUCACCGAUGUAUGCGUCCUCUCACCACGGUUCGACAUUGUCAUCCCCCGUCAGUAUCACGCCGUCGCACAAGCGCAAGUCUUCCAGCGGGCACUCUCGCGCAGGGUCUUGCUCUAGCAUCGACGAGGCAACUUUGAACCGAUACGGCUAUCCCACCUACCGGCAGCUUCCUAGAUACUCUGUCCCGCAAACCUCCCCCACAACGCCGGUGACGCCGGUCACGCCUAAUAUCGUUGUAUACCCGCCCUACACACAUUGCUCGCAAGGCACCGCGCAAGUCAGUGUUCAAACUUGUACUCAGGUGCCGCUGAUAUUGCCCGCCUCCCCCUACGGCUACUCUCGAGUUCCGAGUGCCCAAAGCUCGCCCGUCGGGUUUGUCCACCCCGGUGAUGGACUACACCCUCAAUCCACCAAUCUACUUUGCUAUUUGACCGCACCCACGCAAGCUAUCCACCUUGUGCGGAAUGUGAGCGUGAUCCCUACGCGGGGGAUGCAUGACUACUUCUGGUGGGACGUCCGGAAUCUGCGCAGCUGGACCUCUUUUUCGCUGCGCACUUUCAAUUCUAUCAGCGGCCUCACCAAGCUCUUGAAAACCACCAUCUCUUCGCAUUUGACGCCGCCCACAGCGGUAUCAAGCUCUCGCCUUGCGCCCGACUCCGAGGCCUCUUUGGUGAAUCUGAUACAUGAUUUGUAUGCGCCUCGUGUGAACGCAGCUCUAGCUGUCUCCCAGGGGACCGAGCAUCUGACGCUCUACCCGGCUCCCGUCCCGCGCACCACCGCCAACAAAAACUACGGCGGACCCCAUUUCCUGGCCAACUACGCCUCGGACAGCGAACAAACGAGCUCUGGGUUGCCCCGUGGCCGGCUCGUUGGCAUCGUCAAGACCUUCGACCGUUGGAACACUGGGAUGCGCAACGAAGCCCCCCAUCGACGGGUUGAGUAUCUCAACGGCUUGGCGCACCUUCAACGGUGCAUGCGCGAACAUUCCUGUCGGUAUGGCUUCAUCAUCACCGAGAUCGAGCUUGUUUGCGUACGAGCAGGGUGCGACGAAGGCGACGACGUGCCCUACUUCGGCUUCCUGGAAGUGUCCCCUCCCAUCCCCACGAAGAUUGCCGCGGGACACAGUAGCAGACACUCGAGAGCAUCAGAACCCUACGCCAACUCUCCGACGCCCUCCAGCGACAGUUCGCUGGCCAGCCAGUCUCCGCUCCUCGACGGGACCCCGGAACCAGCCCCAAACGCCCUCGACGUCCCCCUGACUGCCAGCCUAGCGCUGUAUUUCUUGCUCAUGCUAUCAAAGUCGGUUCCCUUGCCAUCUCAGCCAUCGGCGCACCUCAACGUCGGCGGACCGGGUGCAUUGACGCGCCAGCGUAUCUUACCGGAAGGAAAGGACAGUUGGAUCCCACAGCCGCAAAUCGGCGAGCGUCGCGACGCAAAGCGAGUGCGCGGCUGGGUAUGGCCGCAAGAUGCCUGGCAUCGACGCGAGGGGGGAGGAGUUCCGCGUUCGCGAGCAGGGGAGCCCAAACCGAAGAAAUGGCAUAAAUGA